AUGCCAUGUGACCAUCGCGUAGGCGUUGCUGGGAAAACUGCCCAAUCAGAGGCGCAGGACUCUACAGCACUCUCCAAUCAGUGGCUCGGGGCACUGACCAAUCAAGAGCGUUGGGGGGUGGGUCUGGGAGCUCCGUCCAGUCAGGUCCGGGAACGAGCGUCGCUCGCAGUCGCGUGCAGGGCGCGCCGGCCGGGCUCGGCGCUCAUUAGCCCCCGCGCUGCGCGGCCCGGGGUGCCCCUCCCGGCGCUCGCACCUGCCGGCCCAGGAGAGCCAGGAGUAAGGCCAGAGACGGACUCUGUGGUCUUUGAGGAUGUGGCUGUGGACUUCAGUCAGGAGGAGUGGGCUCUCCUGGAUUCUGCUCAGAAGGAGCUCUACAGAGAUGUGAUGCUGGAAAACUUCAUAAACCUGGUCACAGCGGAUGACUUGACUAGAUUUAAGGCCAGUGAGUCAGUUUCUCAGCAGGAUAUUUAUGGGAAUAAAAUAUCAAAGUUCAUCAGAAAUGAUUCCUGGAUCUCAGUUUUAGGAAGAAUUUGGGAAGAACUUAACACUGAAGAUCAGCAUACAAGCCAGGAGAGUCUUAUGAGAAAUCAUGUGGUGGAAAAAUUCUGUGAAAGUAACAAUCAAUUCAAUUUGGAAGACUUCAGCCAGAUUGCAAAUCUUAAUCUAUCCCAGAAGACUCUUACUGGAGAAGAGCAGUGUGAAUGCAGUGCAUAUGGAAAAGUCUUCAAGCAUCAUCCAUCCCUCCAGGGUCACCUUGCCAUUCACAACGAACACAAACCGUAUCAAUGCCAGGACUGUGGGCAGGCCUACAGCUGCCGUUCACACCUAAGAACACACUUGAGAAUCCACAAGGGAGAAAGACCCUAUGCAUGUAAAUUAUGUGGAAAAACCUUUCCUUGUACUUCUUCCCUCAAUCGCCAUAUAAGGAUUCACACUGCGGAGAAAUCCUAUGAAUGUCAGCAGUGCAGGAAAGCCUUCAUAGAUCUGUCAAGUCUUACUAGUCAUGUGAGAACUCACACUGGAGAGAAGCCAUAUAAAUGUAAGGUGUGUGGGAAAGCUUUCAGUUAUUCCUCAACUUUCCGAAGACACAUGAUUACACAUACUGGAGAGAGGCCCUACAAAUGUAAGGAAUGUGGGGACGCUUUCAGUCACUCGUCAACUUUUCAAAGACACAUGAUCUCACACACUGGGGAGACACCACAUAAAUGUAAAGAAUGUGGGGAAGCCUUCAGUUAUUUCUCAGCUUUUCGAAGGCACAUGAUAACACACACUGGAGAGAAUCCCCAUCAGUGUAAACAGUGUGGGAAAACCUUCAUUUAUCUCCAGUCCUUUCGAAGACAUGAAAGGAUUCACACGGGGGAGAAACCAUACGAAUGUAAACUGUGUGGGAAAACCUUCAUUUAUCCCCAGUCAUUUCGAAGACAUGAAAGGACUCAUGGUGGAGAGAAACCCUAUGUGUGUAGUCAGUGUGGGAAGACAUUCAACCAUCCCUCGUCCUUUCAAGGACAUGUACGAGUGCACACUGGAAAGAAACCUUACGAAUGCAGUCAGUGUGGGAAAACUUUCAACUGGCCCAUAUCCUUAAAAAAACAUAUGAGGACACACUCUAGAGAGAAGCCCUAUGAAUGCAAACAAUGUGGGAAAGCCUUCAGUUUGUCUGCUUGCUUUCAAGAACAUGUGAGAAUGCAUCCUGGAGACAAAGCCUAUGAAUGCAAACUAUGUGGGAAAGCUUUCUACUGCCACAUAUCCUUACAAAAACAUAUGAGAAGGCACACUGCAGAGAAACUCUAUGAAUGCAAAGCUUUUAGUUGGCCUGAACUCUUGCAACAGCAUGUGAGAACACACACUGAAGAGAAACCCUAUGAAUGUAAGGAAUGUGGUAAAGUCUUCAAAUGGCCGUCAUCUUUACCAAGACACAUGAGAAUUCACACUGGGGAGAAACCUUACGAAUGUAUACAGUGCGGGAAAGCCUUCAGCUGUUCCUCAUCCUUAAGAAGACACAUGAGGAUGUUAGAAGAACAUCCUCUGAGCAAGUCCAGGGGGACCUCUGCCGCUCGCCACAGCCGUCCUGGCCUAGGGCUUCCUGCUUUUACUGAUAACUGUGCCCCUGGCCAGCUGGGCCACAGAGGUAACACUACUAAGGGAUCCAGAGCCCCCAAGCCUCGCUGCCAAGUGCCCACCAGUGCUCAUGAUCAACUCAGUGGGCAAGGUGGAGCUUUCUGCUCCACCUCCUGACUUUCUGGGAACUAGGGGUGGGGCCACCACAGGGACUUAUCCCUCUCUCCAUGUCUGGCUCCCACUCCUGUGUCUGCUCAGCACAUGGACACGCUUUGACCACAUGCAACUCCCAGCUCCCGCUUCUGCUUGGCUCUGGUCUCUGCUUUUCAGACUGAUGACCUCUUCUCCAGCUGCAGCUCCUACUUAGUGGACACUGUGAAGUAGGAGAGAAUGCAUUUGGCCAUGUGUUGGCCUAAAAGUUGUCUUCUCUCCCUUCUCUCCCCUUUCUUCCUGUUUAAAUAAAUCCUUUAAUAGUUGUUGCUCUCCGUGUGUCCUGCAUUCUUAAUCCCACAGAUGAGGUCUCAAC